CGCCACCUAAGGAGUUGGCCCCUAAUGCUCAACUGAUGGGGAUUGGAAAUCAGGUGUGUCUGUAAGCACCCAUACAAGAUGGCACUGGAUGUUUCUGAUUCACCACACUAAUUGAAUGGUCUGGGUUUUCUGGCUCAAGUCGGGCCAAUGUGCUGUAGGCUUUUUUGCUGCACCAGUGUGUGAGCCUUUUGGGGUUUCAAAAAGAUUCUGUUCACCGCGAAGAAUGGGCAAAACAAGUCCGACAACUCUGGGACCAUUGGACCAACGAGGAAGUUUUUCACGAGCAACAACGGGGGACCGUUUUUCCGGUAUUGAAGCGUCUCCGCUGGUGGUGACGGGAGCUCAAAGGCUCGCAAACAGCCGACAGCCAGGCAGGCGGCGAGAUGGCUCCCCUUAUCAGGAGGAUGUCUUUGGCUGUGUCCUUGGAGGCGAGCAGUCAGGCACUCCUGGAAUCGUCACACCUUUCCAGUUACAAACUGACUCCGGCUGCAGUAAGGGCUCCCAGCGGGCCGGCCAUCAGCUCGGACACGCUCCCGUCUCCCACGUUAGGCGGCACCCAUCCGUCAUCUUCAGGAUGUCAUCAUCAUCCUCGCACAACAGCACUCUAGUGAGCUCUAUGUCUCUCUCAGAUCCAACCCCUCCUGGAAGUGACUCACGAUUUUUCGCAAAACAACAACAAGUCUCCAAACGCUCUUCUUUCUUCUACUUCAGGACAUAA